AGCUGUUUCACAAAGUGAUAUUUAAAAUCUUUAGGGCCGUCUUCCCGUGAAGUGGACAGCUUAUGAGGCCUUAUUGUAUGGUAAAUAUACCACCAAAAGUGAUGUAUGGAGUUAUGGAGUUUUGUUGUACGAGAUUUUCACCAUAGGCGGUUCACCUUACCCACGAAUGGAUGGAAGAAAAAUUGCAAACUUACUUCAGGAUGGAUACAGGAUGCCUAAACCACAACACGUCGAUGAAAAAUUGUAUCAAAUCAUGAUGAAAUGCUGGAAGAAUGACCCUGAUGCAAGACCAACUUUUACUGAAUUGAAAAAUCAGCUUAAGGACAUGGAAACCCUACACAAGAAGCUGAUCAACAUGACAAUGUACGACAAGCAGUUGUAUGCAAACGUCGAGGAUUUAAUAGUGUAGUUAUAUACAUGUCCACGGUGUAUGACUGGCUAACAUUUUGAACACUUCGCCCAGACAAGUUUCAGGGAUUAAUUAUUUUUUCCUUGCACGCUUACUUGGUAGAAAUAGCCAUGUUGUGUUAAUCAGUUAGGCUGGAACGUUGUAAUACAAUUGACUUUAUAUUCUUAAACGCUGAAGCGAAUUUAUAAGUUUACCAAUAAAAUAUACUCUCAUUUUCUCUUAAACAUAUUAAGUACUUACAUGUAUGCCUCGACACAAGCGUUUGAGUUCAGUUUAUUUUGUGGCUCAUUCUAAAAGGCAGGACAGCGCGAAAAAGAAAUCCAAUAAUGAGAUGAUGAUGAGAUUUCGCUCUGAAUGCCAUAGUUGUGUACAAUUUUAAUAAAUUGCUAAAAAAUAUUUUUGCCGCAAAACCCGCUUGUUUGCA